AUGGAUGAACUGAAGAAGAAGAGAAACAUCAGAGGAGGACAUAGAGCUUUUGCAACGCAGUUGAUCAGACAGAUUGAAGAUAGUCUGGAAGAUCAAUUGAAGUUGAAGCAGCUUGAGAUACAGCUAGAUGAGAAAUUUGAAGUCUUAGGAAAAUUGGAUGACGAAAUUUUGGGUCUUGUAAGCGAAAUUGAUGAAGAUGGUUUGGGAUGCUCACAAGAAAUUUCUGAGGCUGGAGAGAUGAAGGAAAAAAUAAAUCUAGCGCUGCUCAAGUUGAAGAGUUUAGUGAAGAAUGAGAAGCAGUUGGAAUCGCAGAAGCCUAAUUUAACAAGACAUGGCUCAGAAGAAUCAGUUUAUUCUGUAGAAAGUUCAGCGUCGUCAGCAACUCGUAAAGUUCGUGCGAAGCUACCGAAGUUGGAACUGAAAAAAUUUAGUGGCCGCCCCCAAGAUUGGCAGGAGUUCUGGGAUAGUUAUAAAAGUGCGGUUUACGAAAACGAAGAGAUUUCAAAGAUUGACAAGUUUUCGUAUUUGAAGCACUAUUUGGAAGAACCUGCCAAAAAAGUAAUUGCUGGACUUGCUUUGACUGAAAAAAAUUAUGACGUAGCUGUCGAUUUGCUUGAACAGAGAUUCGCGCGACCAACGACGAUAAAAAGGGCACAUAUCAACGAGCUUCUGAAUUUAGAUGCGGUUUUUAAUGAAAAACAUGUUAAGAAGAUGCGAGAACUUUAUGAUACUAUUGAGACACACCAUCGUGGAUUGAAAGCCCUAGGAGUCGACGAAACAUCAUACUCGAACAUAGUUGUACCUGUUUUAAUGGACAAGGUUCCAGAGGCUGUUCGCCUGAACAUGAUUCGAGGAAGUAAGAAUCACCAAGAAUGGGAUAUGGAAGAAAUGCUUGUGGCUUUUCGAGAAGAAUUGGAGAUUCGUGAACAGCAUGUUUCGAUUUCAAUGGCUUUGGGAAAUGGGACCGUUUCUGGUAGGACGUCAUCAGAACGGCGAAGUGAGAUGAAACCGAGGUUUCCUGGUCGAACAACAACAGCGAGUGCGUUGUUUACGAAACAAGAUGGUGGAUUUGUGAGAAGAAAGUUCUGUGUAUUUUGUAAAGAAGAUCACGAAGAAGCCGAUUGUCACAACGUCAGGAACAAGGAAGAAAGGAAGGAUCUUGUUUUUAAAUAUGGACGUUGUCUUUUGUGUUUAAAAAAGGGACACAGAGCUUAUCAGUGUCAUUCGAAGGAAAAAUGUAAGUUGUGUAACAAACGACACCAUGUUGCAAUUUGUAAUGUUGUUGGUAGUCAGCCUAGUGCUAACCAAGCUCGUGUCAAGACUGCUGAUACUACUGUUACCACUUCUUGUGUAAGUAAUAUAGAUUCUGGGGGGAGAGCAGUCUUGCAAACCGCCAAGGCCGUAGUUACAGGUAGCAUAAGGAAUGUUAAGGCACGUGUUCUUUUUGACUCAGGUAGUCAGAGGAGUUUUGUAACACGAAGUAUGGUAGAAAAACUUGGUUUGACCCCAUUAAGCAAGUGCGCUUAG